UCUGAGCAAUGGAUGUCUCGGAGGCACGACCCGUCUCCUGCGCAGGGACCGAGCAUGCUGCAGGUGCUGUUGGAACAACCCGCACCACCAAAACCAGGGCCAGGGAAUCAUCAGGAGAGACCAUCCAAGUCUACUGCCAAAACUCCCCGGCACAUGCAGCUGCCAGUGGCCCAGAAGUCUCUACAGCGCCAGUGGGAGGAGCAGAUGAUGAUUGGAGAAGGAAGGCCGGCGACUGAGGAUAUUGACGAAUCCACCUCAUCGGACGAGGAGGAGAAGGAGGCCAACUACGCCCUACUGCUGCAAGAGGAAGGAGCAGAGGCAUUGGCAAAAAUGACCAUGGCGGCAUUCUCCAGGUACCUGAAGGGCCGUACCCCUGAAGAGGUUGCCAACCUCCGUAAGGAAAGGGCCAGAAUCAAGGCCCGGAUCAACUGGGCCGCAAAGCGUGACCGCCUCGAAGCGGCUGCAGCACAGAAGAGAGUGUGGGCUAGCACCAGGAAGACGCUGGAGAGAGCAUGGGCUGUUGAAAGAGAGGCAAUGAAACAGGAGUGGGCCAGCGAGCGGGAGAGAUUGCUGGCCAGAUGGAGGCACGAGAUGGAAAUCCGGGUUGACAAACAAAACCUGGUGAGGCGCCUCCUACGUGAGCUGGAAAUCUACAGACGCCACACUCGGGAACUCUCCCCUAAUGCGCCAUGUCGUGUGGCACUAACUCGGGCAUUGGCUGAUAUGAUCGCCGACGAAGACAACCUGCCCACUCACCGCAGCCCAGCACCCUCUCCUCGAAGCCCAUCACCCUCAUAUUCACCCACCACUCCUAUCCGCUUACCAAGCCCUGAUGAGGGACCCGGGGUCCCUAUCCUCUACAUCUGAGACCUUCCUGGACUUGAGGAACGCUGAGAACCCCAUCACCAGGCAUCACAUGUAACCUCUCCCUGGUGGUGGCGCUCCACUGUGCGUCUGGCACAUGGAGCAAAAGAUCUUCAUCUCAGCAGAUUUAAUUUCUUUUUACCAUGGUAUAAUCAUGUUUACUUUAUAUGACUCAAAAUGUGUGAUGUAUUGUAGCUCCCUUUUGGAGAUUUCAUAGUAAAGGUUUUAAUUGUCACAUUAUAUUUGAUGAAGUUAGUCAAACACUGGUAAAGGUUUUGAUUGUCACAUUACAUUUAUCUACUGUAUCACCGCACUAAGAUUUGUGUGAAAAUAUAUACUGGACCAGUGUGCUGGAAUUAUAUAUCCUGUGUGACCUCAUACAUAUACUACUGUAACGCUAAAACGCUUAGGAAACGAGUUUAAGGCUUGCACCUAGUCCUUGUGAGAGCUGGCAAAACUCCCACUUAAGCCGUAAAAAUGGAUCCUUGUCAAUAGUGAUAAAGUGAACCCAGUAGGGUGGCUACGGCCAUCUUUAGACGGCGACAUUGCUGAGAUGUGACUAAUU